AUGUCGAAUCAAGCACAAACCCAGUUACCCCAGGUGGGAAAGCUUGUGAGCGUUGUACCGGUCGGUCUCAAGGAAGCUGCCCUCGACUCGCCCACUUUUCGCGCCACCACCACCCACUUUGCCGACCAGGUCGAUUUCCUGGAGAAAUGGCUCGAUGGAUAUGCCAAAUCUGCGACAAAGCUCUCCUCCGAGCUGACCGCCAUGGAGAGUGUCGUAAAUGGCUUCCUCUCCUACUCGACACAUCCACUUGUUGUAUCGGAAGCGGUCGUUGAUCAUGAUUAUACACUUCUGGCCAUGAGGAGGUGUGGAGAGGGAUCCAAAGACCUUUGGAGUGGACUGGUCACAACAACCAGAAAGAUGGAAUCAUUGAUUGCCGAGCCUAUUCGAGAAUUCAUUCACGAGGACCUACGGCAUUUCAAGGAAAUCCGCCGCAACCUCGAACAAACCCAGAAAUCAUAUGAUUACCUCCAAGCGCGAUAUGCCUCCCAGUCGAAAUCCAAGGAGGCCUCGGCCCUUAGAGAGGAAGCGUUCCAGCUGCAUGAAGCCCAUAAAGCAUACCUGAAAGCGUCCAUGGACUUCUCAGUCCAAGCCCCCCAAUUAAAGAAUGCUCUUGACCGACUUCUGGUCAAGGUCUCAUUUGAUCAAUGGCGGGAGUUCCGGGGGUUCCAUAAUCACAACAGCAGCUCCUUCUCGAAAUGGGGCCAUGAGAUGGAUCGUAUCAAGGGCUGGCUUCAUGAAAUGGAAGGGAGUGAGAAAUCGUCCAAACGAGAGCUACUCUCUACUAGAAAACAUAUCGAGGAAGCCGCAGAGGCUGCCGCCCGGCCGUCUCGUGAAUUGGAGGAUUACAACAUCUCGACCGUUCCAUAUCUGGGUUCUCGUCCAAUGUCCACUCUUAAUGUGAGCAAAGAAAUCAGGCCAGAGAAGCAAGGCUGGCUGUACUUGCGCACAUUAUCGGGGAAGCCUACGCGUACUGUUUGGGUCAAACGGUGGGCUUUCCUCAAGAACGGCAUCUUCGGAUGUCUUGUGCAGGGUGCUCGGACUGGUGGCGUUGAAGAGAGCGAGCGAUUUGGUGUGCUGCUUUGUAGUAUCCGUCCUGCGUCCCAGGAGGAUCGCCGGUUCUGCUUCCAAGUGAAGACCAAGAACAACACCAUCUUGCUGCAGGCAGACAACCAAAAGGAGCUGACGGAGUGGAUUGGUGCUUUCGAAGCAGCCAAGCAAAAAGCUCUAGAAAACCCCGCAAGCACCGAUCUCUCGGUUUCUGGAAAGGUCACAGUUCAAGAUCCCGCUUUUUCUAUUUCUCAGCCUCCGGCUCCCGAGUUCGCCGCGGAUCCGGCAGACUCUUUCACUCCCAACGCACACGAAGAGCCUGUCAAUGGAGAUCGCAGCGCAACUUUACCUGUUCCGGACCGCGAUGGACAUACCCUCAGAAAUAGUACCGAUUUUGGGAGCGCGAGAAGACUCACAGGUUUGGAUGGUGAGGGCUCGACAAGAGAGCACGCAAGAGAGCAUACGUCUAGACUCAUCCAGAAACUGGAUCUUCACCGCAGAUCAAACAACGCGCCUCCAUCCUCUCCUUCCAUUCCCGGCCCGGCCGGUGGAAUAGCGAGCCUCAUAUCCGCCAGCCACAAUAUCCUUCCAUACAGCUCCAAUGUUUCACUCAAUGUGAAUGACGAUAGUGCUAACAGAGGGCGCACCUUGAGCAAUGUGGAUGAGCCUGGCUCAAGUCUCGCACCCGCAACGCUUGCCAAUCCUCCGGCACCGACGAGUAUGAGCAAGGCUGCAGUGGUUGUGAACAAUGAAAGAGGUAUUGGAUUAGGUGCCUCUGACAGCACCGGUGGCAUGCCCAGCGGUAUGAUGGCGAACCUGUGGGGUACCUCGAACUGGGGCCUUUUGAACAAGCUUGAACGGGAACAACCCCAUAUCGGUGGGGUAUCUGACGAUACCCCGGAAGGCCGGCCGUCCUCCACAUUGAGUGAUACUGCAAAAGGCACUCUUGUCACACAGCCCGAUAAUGGUAGUGCUCCGGCCGCAGCCAGACAGCAACCCGGUCCACGUCACAGACAGACAGUGAGCCUUGAUGGAGAUGAAGUUAAGCUUACGCAAAGUAUACUGGGUAUCGGACAUGAAUAUCCCAGCUACUACCCUCAGCACUUGAGGAUUCAAGACUCUCAGUUCCGCCUGUUGUUCUCCGACGUCAAGAGGGCGGAGGCGUUGGUGCUGGUUUUCAGAGCCACCUGGAGUCCAAACGAUCAGCAGGAAUUCCCUGGACGAGCCUAUGUCACAACAAGGAACAUCUACUUCUACAGCCAUCAUUUCGGACUGGUUUUGACUACCGGUGUUUCUCUGGAGAGCAUUAAAGAGGUCACUGCAGCUUCUGGGCGAGACUGUGACUUCCUUUUCCUGCAUACUAUCCCACCACUCGGCAGCGAUAUUCCUGGGCGCAUCACGAUCAAGACUUUCCUGGAACCUGUCAGGCUUCUUCAAAAACGUCUCAACUUCUUGAUUCAAGGUUCAAUAGCGGUCGAGCAGCUAUCAUUGGAAGCUCUAAUCAAAGCCCUAAUCAAGAUGGAUACAGGUUCACCAGCCCGGUCGUCCAGUGCAGAUAGCUGGGAAGAUCUGCCUUCUGGACUUGCAGACAUCAGGAGCUCUGACGGCAAGCCUAUUCAUUCAAACCACGGCAAGGACAUCCGAGCUCCCAUUUACAUCGACAAAGACCUUGAGCUGGAUGUAGGUAGAGCGGGCCGUGGACGAGAUGUCGCUAAGUUCAGGCUCCCGACCCAACCCGUGGAAUAUGUUCCACAAGGUGAUCUUGUCCUGGUGAUUGAAAAGAUUCUUGACAUCAGUCCGAAAGCGUUGUUCCAUAUCCUAUUUGGUGACAAAAGCGCGGUGUGGCAGUUAUUGUUACAUGAGAGGCAAGCUCGAGACAUUAAGCAAGGCCCGUGGGCCAGCACAGAAUCACAGCAUCUGAGGCGUGACUUCCACUACAACAUCUCCACGACUGAUCUCCUGGGCCGUACUCACGACAAUGCGAUCUCGGAUUAUCAGAUCAUCGAUGUCCUCAAUGACCAUCUAUGCUACGUGAUCACAGAUAAAAAGACAGCAUGGCAUCUUCCCUUCCGACGUUCGUUCCGUUUGGUCAGCAAGGUUGUCAUCACAUUCCAGGCCAAGUCAAAGAGCAAACUCGCUAUUUACACGAAAGUAGAAUGGCUGUGGACUCCAUAUGGUCUCAAGAGUGAGUUGCACCCCAAGUCGAUGCUAUACGGUGAACUAACCUACCCAGAUGUGAUCGACAAAAGGGCAAGCGAUGAUUUGGAGCAGGACUCUUUAGAUCUCGUCGACCUAGCCAGCGACCAAGUACGCCGGUUGGGUGCACACAGCCGCACCAAAAAGGCUAUCACGAUCUUCGGCCAUGUUGGACGCCAAAAUUUCGUCUCUCAAUUCAAUGGUGUUGGCUCUAACCUGAAGCUCGAACCGCGCAAGCCCCGACAACAGCGUGCCAUGCACGAGCUUCUUCUCGAGACACUUAUGUCGUUUUUGGAAACCUGUGUGUCUUUCCUGAUGAUGUGGGCCUUUGGUGUGGUUCGUUGGACUUGGAAGACCGUGAGUGUCCACAAGGUUAUCCUGGUCAUGCUGGCCGCCAGUGCAAUCAUAAAUGGAUACUACUCCUCACGAGAUAGUUGGGACUGGUGGCACGAGAGACAUGCCGGCAACUUCUUGGCGCGACUGGGCGUCCGGCCAAACCUCGUCAUGACGAAAUCUAUCUACAUGCGGGAUAUUGACGAAGCAGUUGCAAACUCCACAAUCUGGGCUGGUACCGAAAGCCCUAGCAACUGCUUUGCCACCUUCCAAGAGCAGACUAUGCGGUAUGCAGAUAUGCCUUUGUCAAUCAGCACAGCGAGCCCCCGAGAUGCGUUGACGAAGAGCGCUAUCAAACGCUUCCAGCAAACACGUGAGCGCCUUGGGAUGUAUCGGCAUAAUCUUCUCGUUGCACUACGUGUGGUGAACAGUAUCGAGAAAGAGGUCGUCCAGACUGAAUGGCAGCGUUGGCUCCGGGAGGAAGUUCGGCGCUGUCGUCAAGUUGAAGUCCUUCUUGGCGGAGAGGCUGCCCAGGGCGAUGACACGCAGUUAGGCGGAACAGCCAAAGCCGAGCGCAUCUUCGCUGAGCAUGCCGACGAUAUCAAGCAUUGGUACGAGGAGUACUGCUCGAGUUGUCGAAUGGAAGAGGAACAUGCCAUAUCCAAUGGCAGCGGUGACCUAUUCCCGUGA